AUCACUCUUCUGACCCACCAACUCUGUCAACGGGUGUCGUCGACCAUCAGCGACCCGCUUCCCUACCCCACUCACCCCCCCACCCUGGACGAUGGCUGCUGCUGCUGCUACUCCCGCUCCGGCCUCCCCGUCGUAUGCGCGGCUGUACACCGCCCCGCCCCCCGUCAAGCGGCCGUACAAGCCCGCGGACGCCCUCGCGGACCUUCCCGGCGUCGGGUACGCACUCGACACGUUCCUCGCGAGCCAGAUGAUCGAGGCGGAGGAGUACUGCAACGAGAGCGACAAAGAGAACGGCUGUACUUCGCGACGGGAUACGGCCUCAUUCAAUGUGUCAAGGCGCUCAUGUCGUACGCCGACGACGACCUCCUCUCGGCCCUCGGACACACGAAGCAAGGGAACCUGAUCGCGGCCCAGCACCGGAAACGCGCUCCGGCGCUGACGAGCCGGCUCGCGGGCUACGUCGUCUCGUCGCUGAACACGACCGGCGUGGGCUGGAUCAAGGGCAUGACGGACGUGGAGCGGCACGCGGAGCUGGUGUACGCGGAGAGUCUCUUCGAGAAGGCGCUGCUCGGGAUCGUGUACUCGGGCGAUUGGCUCGCGUUCAUCAAGGAAGCGUGCGUGUCUUCUUUGGAAGCCUGGAUCCCUCACCCCAUCUAGGGCCCGCAGGCUGAACAUGCGCACGAUCGUGUCGAUAUACCGAACGCUCUACAAAUACAUCCAAACCGCGGACGCCGAAUACGCCGCUUCCGCGCCCCCAGGGCCGCUCGUCGACCGCGGACACGGGCCCGAGUCGCCGGCCAUCGACGCGCACUUCCGCUCCGGGGUGUACCUCGGCGCGGGGAUGAGCACCCUCAUCCUCUCGCUGCUCCCCGGGCGGCUGCUGAACCUCGUCGAGCUCUUCGGGUACCACGCGGACCGCAAGGAGGGGCUCGACAUGCUUGCACGCGCGGGCGGGUGGGGCAAGGCCGACGAGCCGCUGGUCUCGACGCAGGACGAGGGCGUGCGGCGCGCGAUCUGCGAUCUUGCGCUGCUGAUCUUCCACCUGGUGCUGAGCACGGUGACGUUCGACGGCGUCGAUGUGCACAUGGCGGAGCGCAUCGUGCGGUGGAACCUCAAGCGCUACCCCGACGGCGUGCUGUUUCUGUUCGCUGCGGGGCGGCUCGCGCUGGCGCAGUCGCAGCCCCGCAAGGCGAUCGAGCACCACACCCGGGCUAUGCAGGUGCAGACGCAGUAUCGCAAUCUGCACCAUGUCUCAUUUUGGGAGAUGGCCAUUGCGGGAUUCGCAUUAGGGCAUGUUGCCAGUGGAGUGAAUGAGAAGAGCGACGGGUUCAUGUUUGAUGGGAGCGAAGGCUGCUGGCGGAUCCUCGAAAAGGAAGCCUCAUGGAGCAAAGCGAUCUACUCUUACGGACUCGCAGUAUCGCUUCUCGAGCCCAGACCGUUCGAUGAAAGCGCGGAAGAUCGGGAGAAGCGGCUCAAAGAGGUCUCCGCGCUAAUGGAGAAGGUGCCCACGUCGAGGCAAAAAAUCGCAGGAAAGAGCAUACCGCUAGAGAAAUUCGUGGCCCGAAAAGCCCGAAAAUACACGGCACAGUCUGGUCGGCUUGCGCUGCCCGUCUUGGAGCUGGGGUAUUUCUUCCUCUCCAUCUCCCGGGCACCGAGAAACGUCGUCGAAGGCAAGAUGCUCCCCGAAGUCCGGGCGCAGCUCGUCGAGCUCGACAAGCCGGAAUCGGAGAAGAACGUUGGAUACGCAGAUGAUCUGUGUCUGGCGCGGUUCCUCGAAGGUGUUUGCUUGCGAUAUGUAGCGUAUCCGGACCCCGACGCGAUCCGGGAUCCAGCUGAAACGCCGCUCAUGACGCCCGACGAAGCCGCCGCGGGCUCGAAACGGGCAUUCGAAGCUGUGUUCGAGCACGGGCCAAAGAUAGAGCUGGAUCACUGGAUUGUGUAUCACGCCCAUUACGAGUAUGGCCGUCUGCUGGCGUGCAUGGACAACGAAUCCGAGGCCAGGACACAUCUGGAGCUUGUGAUGUCGGGGAAAUAUCUGGAGGUUGGGGCGUCCGGGAAGAAGGGAAAGUACAGCCUAGAGAAUGCCCUGCACAUGCGAACGUCAGCAGCACUAGAGGCUUUGCACCAGAAGCGCCUGUGAGGCCCUCUUUAUUGUUAUUAUCGGCAUACCCAUCCUGAGACAUCAUCUAAUGUACAUCGGGCCGGAUCUACUGUUGCUUAUUUUAAACAUGCAUAUAUACGCACUAGGCUGGCUGGCUGUGUAUCCGGCUCUCCGCCGAUCAUCUCACUCUUCUCUGGGUCUUAUUUCCCACUGGCAUGUGGAACCUCUGCGUCAUGGUCAUCUGAUUUAUGUCCUUCUCCGUGAGCCGUGGUCGCUGCCGCGCGCUUCAUCGAUGUCACUGGAUUUAAUUUUGCCCGGAUCCCCGGCAGGUCCCCCGGCUACUCCCUACUAGGCAGUCUGCCCCAAGCUGUUGAUCUGCACUACCAAAUCAGCUGUCUGAGCGUUGAUUUGUG